UUCUUCGUUAUAAUGUUUGUUGGGUGUAAUACCAAAAAUAGAAUAACUGAAUAAUAGAGAAAAAAUAUCGCCCUGUUUCAUUGACAAGCAAUGUUAAUAUUUAUUUUACAUACAAUUUUCUGACAUCGACUUCAGUUACGACUUUGGUGUGUAAGGAAACAAAUCGUUUGCAUAGCUAGACAAUAAAUAUUAAUAUUUAAAUAAAUAUUUUUUUAACUAAAUCACCGGCUAAGUGAGACGUUAAACUAAAACAUAUAAAAUGAGUGUAAUCCUUUCGACUGUCAAGUGUUUUGUAUUCGCUUUUAAUUUUUUUAGUUUGAUACUUGGCAUUUGUAUUGUUUGUUUGAACACUUUCGGCUUGGAGUAUGCCAUACCGAAUACGGACGAGCACACCUACUGUAUAGUUGGUAUCAUUUUGGGCUCUUUUGUAUGCAUGGCCACGCUUUUUGGCUGUUAUGGUGUUGUCUGCGAGUCGUUAGGCGUCAGUGUAAUUUACUCGUUCUUCAUGCUGAUGUUGUUGGCAGCACAAUUGCUGCAAAUGCAGACGUAUAAACAUCAGAAGUUCUUCACGAAUGCGCUGGAUCUGCUGGAGGACGCAUGGGAUGAAGUUGGUGUAGAUCCAGAGACAAUGCACUCGGUGGAGGUAAAUUAUCACUGCUGUGGCCUAUAUAAUGCCAAUGACUACCGGUACAUACGUAUGUCAACGCCCGUAAGCUGUUAUCGCUACCAAAAUGCUACGCUUGAAUCGAAUUUAUUUACUCGCGGGUGUGUUGAAGCGCUGGAAACGACGUACCAUAAGACCAUGGAGCGAGAAAAUGUUUUCAAUUGGUCCCUACUGAUCACUGAAUGCGCUGUCUUUCUCUACUCGUGCGUUCUGAGCAUUUUGCUUUUCAGACGUCAUCGCGCAACAUAUCGAACAGGCAAUGAAGAGGAUGACUAUGAGGCUCAACAACCUGGGCCGCACUUCAACCAUGUCAACUCGCGCUCCCAUUUGCUCUCCAAUUAAUGAAAGUGCUAAAAGAAGUACUAUUGCAAAAAUUCAUAUUUAAUUUUUAAUUUCGCAGUAUCUGAAAUUUUAUGUUUAAAAUUAGAAAUAGAAAUUUUAGGUAAGUAGUUGUAAACUACUAAUACUGUUUUAUGUACAUACACAUACAAUGUACAUAAAUACUUAUACACAUAUUGUAAACUCAUAUCAUAGCUAAAAAGAAAUCAUACGAAAACAUUUAACAUUAUUAAUUUGUAUACGCUAAUUUUUAAUAAAUUAUUUUUGAUAGAAAAAUA